GGUUAAUCUAUGAAACAUGAAAAAUGUUGCGGCCCUAAACACAAUCAACAGUAGAAUUAAUUUGGUGACCAAGAGCGUUGGAAAAUUCCGAGCAGCACCUGAACUCCUCAGCAGUAGUUGACUGGAGGGAAUGGAGCUGCGACGGUGGUGUUGUUUUCUCCGCCACACAUUCAUAUCAACUGUCAACCUAGCCGUGACGACGUGAGCUGCUCGGGACCUUCUGCACGAGGAACCACCGUGAAUGGAUUACCACACCAUCCAAACAUCCAAAGCUCACUUCUUUCUCUUCACUGAAGAAAGGGACAAAAGAAAAACAAAAAAAGCAGCUGUCUACCUUUGCCAGUGAGGAGAGCGCGUGGGGAUGCUUCGCGUGGGUCUAGUGAGAGAAACGCGCGCGCGCUCAAUGAUUAGUAUUUAGACAAGUAGCUAAUUAACCAGUAAUUACGUAAGUAGCGUUUAAACCGCCUGUGUGGUUCGCGUGUCUGCUACAGGCUAUAUUUAGAACAACGCGGAGCCAGCGGAGGACACGGUAGUAUUUAUUCAGUAGGAGUUUUUCAUUUGUCAUCAACGCACCUUGGAUUUCAGUCGUUAUCACAAAGCAAGUGUGGAGCCGAGGACGACGUCAAAACAAUUCAAGACAGACCGAUAUCAGAGAGAGAGAUGACCCUUGUUUUGUCCAUGAAUCCUUUCCUGGACCCAGAGGGAGACCCUCCGCUCUCCGCAUAUCAGCCCAUAUGGGAAUCGGAGCGCUGCACCAAGACCUGCCUGUCAAACCCUGCGCCGCCAUGCAGCUCUGAAGAGCAAUUUACACAAGGACCCCCCUGUAGGCGAGUUCCUGAUCAUGUUUCAGUGUCGAGGAUUGCUUACUUCAAGAGGAAGUUUGUUGAUGAUGAUGAUGAGCCUUCCUUCAGUUUCAGGACAUACUGCCAGACUGUUGCACCAGUUUUGGAGGAGCGUGCCCACGUGCUGCGUCUCUCCCUGGAGAAGAUGAGGUUCAUUGACGACCCCGAGGCCUUCCUCCGACGCUCUGUUCUUGUUAACAACCUCCUUCGGCGUCUGCGAGCUGAGAUCCUGCUCCAGAGCACUGACUGGUGCUUCCCACCAAACCCAGCAUUCGCCACUGGCCCGUGCGUCCUCCCACCCGGCACUAACCCCACCCACCAGGCACUCCAUGGAGCUGUACCCACCCGGAUCUGCUUAGCGCCCCAAGCCGGACCACCCUUCCGUAAGCGCUUCCGAAUGGUCCGUGGAGGACAGGGGGAUCUUCGCCCGGACUGUGCCCAGACAUGCUGUUGCAUCUACGCAGCGGCAGCUGCUGCAGGACACUACCUCCACCUCCCAUUCUCCAUGUAUGAUGCAGCACUGUCUACCUGCCCUUCUACACCGCACUCCUCCUCAUUUUUUCAGCUAGCUAGCCAUAGUAAGUUAGGGCUGGCUGUGGCCGUGGAAGAGCGUGAUGAUGAGGAUGAAGAUGUUGAAGAGGAGGAGGAAAAUGAAGAAGAAGAAGAAAGGGACGAGGAGGAGGAGGAGGAGGAAGAUGAUGAAAGAAGACAAGCAGGGCCCUCUAUUGAUGUUGUUAAAGGCAAGUCAAGCCAGAAAAGUAGGACUAGGACCUUGCUGGGUCACACACACCCAAGGACAGAGGAGGACAGCUGCAUGACAGAUAGGGUAGAAGAGGAAGAGGAGGCAGAGCAGGAGGAGGAAGAGGAGGAAGAGGAGGAGGAGGAGGAGGAGGAAGAAGAGGAGCAGGUUGUGAGACCUUGUCAGUGGGCCUCAGAAAGAGAGCUCCACAAGGUUAGCUUCUGGCACCGCAGGGCUCAUAGACAAUGAGCGUGAGAAAUUACUUACAUUCUACAUCUGUUAGAAUGAAAAUCUAAUGAUGACGACAACUGUCAUCAGUUGAAGAUUAUUCAGAUGAAGGUGAGCGCUACCUAUUCUAUUGUAAUGCCAAGUCAACUUUAUUUUAAUGGUCUAAUAUACUCUACACACAGACAAACUCAAUCCAACUCUAUUGCUAGUGUUACAGUCAGAUGAAAAAUAGAAGAUUCUUGGCCUCUCUUGGCACUGGAAACAUUUUUCAAGCAAUUAUGAAGGCUGAGGUCACAUAUGGUGGGAUGUGUAAUCCCAAAGGUGAAGUGAAGCUUGCUAUUGCACUGUCUCCAAGACCAUUUUCAAGCCCCACAGCACAAAACUAAAGGUCUCAAAUGGGGCUUUAUAUUGGUGCAACGGUCUCAUUUCAGGACCCUAAACAAGCCUACGAAAUGAAGGGAUGUGGAUAUGUGAGUGUGUGCUUCUGUGUGUGUAUGUAUGUGCGUGAGUUUGCAAGAUACAAUGUAGCAUUUUAAAACUUGAUUUUAAGCUGUUUCUUUUUAUUAUUAAACAUGGGUUACACAUCAUUAUGUGUGCCUGUUGAUUUUUGACGCUGUCUCAGGCAAUGGCGAGCGAAUGUGCUGCGGCGGUGGCACAACAUGUGUUCCUCAAAUUAUUUUAAGAGACAACAAUCAUAAACAUUGGAAAUGUUAAAUCACAAUUUCAAGUGCCUUAGUGUUUUUAUAGAUACAUGUAUAUUGUGUGUUCAUGUAAUUGUUCUUGUUACUAAGUAGCUAUCUUGCAUUCCAAAUGACUGCGUUUGACUAAAACAGGGCAUGUAGUUAAAUGCAGGGUUUUGUUUUUUUUUUCAAAUGUCGUUAAAAGGUUAAGGUUAUAAAUCAAACUACAGUUCCACACCCAAAUGUGUUCUGUUUGUUUUUAGUUCAAAAUGCAUGCAUUUCUAGCACUAUCUGUCUUGGCAAUGCACAAACAGAAAGCCAACCUUCAAGAACAGUUCAAAAAGCCUUGAGUCUGUUCAAAACCUCAUUCACAUUUGUUUGAUUCAAGCAGAAAAGGCUUGUUAUAGUCUGGUCGGUCUGUCCGUUGAUGAGUGAUUACCAAAACUUAUUCGAAUCUAAAAAUGUCAAAUGGGAUCUCAUACUUUGAUUUAAAAGAUUAAAAUUUCAUUAGAUACUGUAAAUGCAUAAACACCAAUGUCGGUUUUGCUGUUAUCCCCACAAUCAGUUGUUUUGGAUAUUCAAACAAACAAACGUCUCAUAAACCAGCAACAAACACUGAACCAACUUUCAUUCACUCAUUACACGCUUAACUGAAUUAGCUUCACUUUUUUAUAAUGAUCAACAAAAUGCAUAAAAGAACUCAUUUUGGGAAAUAUGCUUAUUUGCUUUCUUGCCAAGAGAUUGGUGAGUGGACUGAUAUUCCUGUCAUGUCUGUGCAGUAAAUAUGAAGCUGGAGCCAGAUGAUUAGCUAGACUGGAAACAGUGAAACACCUAGCCUGGUUUUGCCCUGAGGAAACAAAAUCCACCUACCAGAACCUAUAAAGUUCUCUAAUUAACAGGAUAUAGUUAUAUGGUUUUAUAUAACUUCCUUAUUUUCCACUGGGCCUAGCCAAGAAAUCGUCUACCACAUAACCUCCCCCACAUAACCAAGCAUGUCAUUUUUACACUUCAGGUGUUGUGCAGAUUAAGCGAACAAGAUAUGCCAUGUUAAUUAGUGAGCUUAGAGGUGUUGGUAGGCGGAUUUUGCCACCGUUGGAUGGAGCAGGCGGGCUGUUUACCCCUGUAUGCAGUUUUUAGGCAAGCUAAUCUGGGCUCCAGCUUCAUAUUUACUGUACAGCCAUGACAGAUAUAUCAAUCUUCUCAUCUAACUCUUAGUUAGAGAGCACAUAAGAAUAUUUACCAAAAUGCUGAACUAUUCCUUUAAUUAUCACAGUAUGCUCUGCCUUUGUAGAUUCACACCUGUGUGUUGCCUGAAGUUCCUGGCCUUUGAAGCAUCUAGAAUCGAGCUUGGUGGAGUGAAAUCACAUUGGUUGUAGAACAUUGUCAGCCUGUUUGGGUAUAAAUUGGUGAGUGUAUACUGUAUGUCAUUUUAAUAUAAAAUAGACCCGAGAGGAGCUGACAGACAAACAGAUAUGAAGGACAGGACUGAUAGAAUACCAAACCAGUUCCAAUAUAUGAAAAUGAGCCUUUCUGCCAUGGGAUGGCAUGAUCAGUGGUUUCUUGUUUGUUGGUGUGUCUCUUGUGUGGCAUUUCUGAAGUUUAGGGUCCUCACACUGAUGACAAACCCAAACCAAAGUUGUUAAAGAAAUGGAAAGCUGUAUCUAUCAAUAGUGAAUUUUUAAAAAAUAUUUUUUUUGUGGUCUCAGUUGGUUUGCAAGGUGGAGUUAUUCCUGCCUCGUCCUAUCUUUUUCCUGAUGUACAAAACUGACAGUUUGCAUCCUCAAUGGCAUCAGUGACACAUCUACAACAAGACAAGUCGAGUACCAGCCUAUUUAAUUGUAAUUCUCUAAAUCCUGUUAUUAUUGGUGGUAUUUUUAACAUGAAAGAAAUUUGACAAAGCAAUAUUUGUUUCUGAGACAAGAACAUGUAAAACUGCAUUGUCUGUUAUUGAAAACAACAAAGGAGCAAGUCUGCUCUGAUAAUUUUAUGUGAUGUUCUGUGACAAGUGUAAAGAUCAGUAAAAGAAAUGUUGAAAAAAUACUGCCUCCUCUUUUAU